UUUAAGUAAACAACAGGAAGUACGAUUUCGAGGAAGAGUUUUGUUUUGUGUUGUCACAUGUGAUGUUGAUAUUUGUUGUAUCAGGUUUAAACUAGCAAUGCAGAUCACGGUAACGACUUUAUCAGAUCAGAUAUUCACUCUGGAUGUCGGCGAGGACAUGGAACUUGAAAACUUUAAAGCGCUUUGUGAAUUCGAAAGCGGCGUACCGGCUACAGAGAUCGCUAUUCUGUGGAACGGGCGGCCCCUUACCGACAACAAACAAACAUUAAAGCAGUAUGGGGUGAAGGGCGGCGAUGUUCUUCUUCUCCAACACAUGAGGGGGUCAUCGUCACAGCUGGCUGGGAAUCCUGCAAUACAACAAUCAACUAGUCGGACACCAGCUUCAAGUUCAAGUGGCAUUCCAGUAAUAGAUUUUGGCAGCAUCCAGAUUCCCGGACGAGGCACGCCAUCGAGAUCGUCGUCAGCUGUCAAUCAGGGAGUCACUCCGGCCAUGAUGGAAGACCCGGCGUUUGUGAGACAGAUGCUGCUUUCCAACCCCCACCAGCUCUCUCUCCUGAAGGAACGCAAUCCGCCACUAGCAGAUGCACUGGCAUCGGGCAGUGUCGAGAUAUUUAAUAAAGUGUUUAAAGCUCAACAGGAGGAACGGUUUCAGCGGGAUCGAGAGCGCAUUAGACUGGCAACAGCUGACCCAUUUGAUGCUGAAGCUCAGAAAAAAAUAGCCGAAGAAAUCAGGUUGAAGAACGUAGAAUCUAACAUGGAGACGGCCAUGGAGUUUGCUCCAGAGAGUUUCGGUCAAGUCGUCAUGCUGUACGUUGAUUGCCGCGUCAACGGACACGCAGUGAAAGCUUUUGUCGACUCAGGAGCCCAGAUGACGAUCAUGAGUCAGGCGUGUGCUGAGCGGUGUAACAUCAUGCGGCUCGUCGACAAGCGCUGGGCCGGCAUUGCGAAGGGCGUCGGAACGCAGAAGAUCAUUGGCAGAGUUCAUUUAUGUCAGAUACAAAUAGGCCCAGAUUUCUUGCAGUCAUCUUUCUCCAUUUUAGAAGAUCAACCAAUGGACAUGUUGUUAGGACUAGAUAUGUUAAAACGACACCAGUGCUGUUUAGAUUUAAAGAGGAAUGUUUUGGUGAUUGGCACCACAAGCACGGUGACAAAGUUUCUGAGUGAGGGCGACCUGCCUGAACACGCGCGACUCAACCUGCACGCCAGUUCGACGAGCGAGGACGACCAGGAUCUCGCACAGGCCUUAAGUCAGUCGGCCGCGGAAGCAGCCAAACAAACAGGAGAAGGGACGUCAUCAGAUACCCAUGGUGCCUCAGGAUCGCGAAGCGGAAUUCUUGCAUUUUCCGAGAGUGUCGUCUCGGCACUAAUGGCCAACGGGUUUUCCCGACAGGCGGUGCUUGAAGAACUACGAAUAGCGCGCGGAAAUUCCGACCAGGCUUUGGCAGCUUUAUUCGCAAAAUCUUUUCAUAUGCCUUGAUUCUGGAGAAGAAACCAGACAAAAUCUGAAAUCGUGUUGACGUCCUGGGAAAGAAGUGUCACUUACAAACUUGUCUUUUUGAAGAUUUUAAAGUAGCAAUAUCUGGUGGAGAAUACUACACAAUUUUACAGUUAUUCUAUUGUAUUUAAAUAACUUUUAAACAUCCUUCUAAAUGCUGCAAUCUCAAGAAAGUUAUAAUAUUUAUGUAUUUAGCAUAUAUCUAUUUAGUUUUAUUUUCCUUUGGGUUUGUACGGGUUAUGGAAACAGGAAAGUCAUGAAAUUUCUAAAUUAAUGUCAUUCUCCAGGGCUAAAAAGUCCUGCGAUUUGUUAAUUUGGGUCAUGAAAAAUGGAAAAAAUAGUGGAAAUUCGCCCCCCCCCCCUUUUUUUAAAGUAACACAAGAAGAGUGGCAAUUUGCAUCAAAAGAUUGUAAAAUUAAGUUGUUGGUGGCAGAAAAAGUAAUGGAAUUCAGUUGGGAACAAAGUGUAUGAACCCUGUUUGUGUAGUGUUCCAGUUUUGUCUUGCCUUUACAAAGUGAAAAGAGGAGAUAUAGGUUUUACUUUUCUGAUGGCGGUGGUUAUGACAUCAAUGUUUGCGUUAAUGUUAAUGUUUCACAUUUAGACAAGGUUCACAAGUUGUAGGUCAAUGAAACUUGGUUUAUAGUUGCACCUACGGAUGUUCACAGAUCACUGAAUUUUUUUUUUGAUAGGCGAGUCAUUUACUUCCACAGAAUUCUUGUUCAAUUUCCUUUAGAAAUGUUUCUGCAAUCUGGGUCACAUUCAAAGAUGGUUUACACUAUAUGGAGUGUGGUGGUAAAAUUGCCCGAUUUUGUGAUAUUUAUUUGUUGAAUGACCCUUUAAAACUGCUGUUUUAAAAUCCUUAAAACCUAUAAUACAUCUCCAAGUUUGUUUAAUCCAUUCAUUUCUAAAUGCAUGGGGGAUUGAAAAUCAAAUUAAUAUUUAGCUCCCCUCUUCCUUCCCAGUCACUGUCAUCUUCCGAUGCCCGUGUAUACACUAAUGGUACUAAUUUACAUUUGACAUCAGUUUUUUUAAUCCGUGUUCUUCAGUUAUUUUUUCCAUUAACUUUCAGGUUGUUUGACUUUACACAUAAGUACAUGCCAUGGAGUAGUUACAUAUUUGUCAGCCCUCGGUAAAUUGUGAGAAUAAUCGUUUCAUUCGCACAUCGCUUUUUUUAUUCUCACGUUAAAUUUAGGAUACACAAUUUACAUGGUCAUGAUGAGGUAAAGAAAGAAGAAUUGGGUUACCUGGAUUUUUUUUUUGCUCAACCUGUAAAUGAUUACACAUAAAUUUUAAGUUCUCAGAGGUUUUUUUUUAGCAAUUGUAUGAUACCAUGCAUCAUUAUUAAAUUUAUUUAUCAGUGCUGUGGACGUAAUUACAAAAAAUAUUUACACAUCAAAUUGGGAAUUUUCAGUGCCACUUGCUUUUGAGAUCAGUUAUCUGCUCGGUACUGCGGAAUGCCUGGCUAAAUCCAUGUACUAGAUACUCAUUUUCUAUCCACUCUGCUUUUUAAAACAUCAGUCACCAACAAAACAAUAUGCAGACAUUUUUUUUUGACACUACACUCAUAUAUAAAUGAGAUGAAUGAUGAAGCUGCAGUAUUUCCAGUUUAUGCCAUUCAAAAAUUAUGUAACCCUUUGGGCGGGGGAUGGUGCGUUACGAUCCUUACGGUAUGUAAUUUUUUAAGAAGUGGUCUUAGCCGUACACAAUAUUAAUGGUGAUCAUACCCCAUCAUACCCAAUUAGGCUUCACUUACACUCUUGGUGGUCAUAUCCCAUAGAUUACAACAGCUAUUAUACGAUCAAGCAUAAAUUAAACCUUGGCUCAUACAUUUAAAGAAAACCCAACAUAUUUGCUUCAUAUUUAGAACAAUAAAAAGAAUAUAUCCAAAAUCAGAGUCUGCAGCCUGCUGUCCAGUAACAUGCAGAAAGCUGGGGGGUUUUUCCAUAUCUGCAUUUUGAAAUUAAAUUUGACGUUGAAGAGUAAUUUUAUACCAAAAGUAAAUACUUCGCCCUGUGAUGUCACUGCACUAAAAAAAACCUGUGCACAGAAAAAUUACUAUAAAUUGACUUUUUGGGUUGUUUUUUUUUAGUUCUCAGAUGCUCAUGUGCAGUAUAUGGAAAAGAUACUGUGUAUAUGCAUUGUAUCGAUACAGCAGGGCUUCUAGAAUUCUUUUAAAAUCCACUAGCCAAGAUAUCGGUGAUUAAAAAAAUUUACUAGCCACGGUUAAAAAUUCACUAGCCCUGUUUUACUUUAAGUUAAUACAAUUUUACUAAAUCAUAGUAAUAAUCAGAUAUGUCGCCUAAAGAGGGAGAUCGAGCUUAAAACACUAAUGUUAGGAGCUUGGGUGAGGUCAUGAUAUUCAUAUUUGCAACAUUUGACAAAAAAAUAUUUCACUAGCCGUCGGGCAUGGCAAUAGUAGUUAUUUACUAGCCCAACAUUGAAUAUCACUAGCCAUGGCAGUGGGGCUACCAUAAUCUAGAAACCCUGCGAUACACCUGCACAAAAUCGUAUUAAAUUAAAAGUCGGCCUUAUAGAAAAAGUGUAACAUGAGACCAUCCCUUACGGAAAAUACUUGUUUACAUGUAUAGGCUAUUAUAUAUAAUGGACUACUCGAUAUAUCAUCAAUAUUAUUGUGUGUCAUCUCUCUUGCAUAUAUAUGUCAUCAGAAACUUGUAAAUGGUUAUCCAAAGAUUUCAGGGUUAUUAUUAUUUUAUUUAUAAUUUUUCUGCUUUGUAAGAUACUAAUUGGAACAGUUGAUGUUAAUAUUGUCAGAAUUCCAUGUUGCGCUUGAACUCCAAGGUUACAGGUGUGUUUAUACGGUGCAUGUACGUGUGGAUGUUCUGUGUCAGGUAUAUGUGUAUCAUGUCAUGUAUGUUCAUGCAAGUAUAUCUUGCUGGUUUGGAUAAAUGAAUUUCAACAUAUCACUAUAAAGAUGUCAUUAAUUCAA